UAUAUAGAGCAAACCUACAGCAACAAAAACAUUUAAAAACCGCCAUUGGAAAGGUCAUGUUAUUUAAAAGCUUAAAAAAUGAAAAAAAAUACUCUGACAAAAAAUAUAAACUUUAAUAUUAUUCAAAAAUGUUAGUGCUGUGAAGUGAUGUAGGACUAUAAUAUGCACUUUUAUCUAAAAUGUCGAAGAAUAUGUUUAUUGAAUUACACGCAAGGACAGAAAUGCUGAAAAAUGUAUCGAACGGCAAAUGGAAGAAAUUUAUUUUGUUAUGUUUCAUCGCCACAACAGUUUUCCUGACAAUAUCUUAUUACGACACCGGAAAAUUUUUAGCCUUUCAAGUUCUAGUCACGACGGAAACCAGCGGCGGCAAAGAAAAUAUUACUUCAGAAACCAAUUCCACUCAAGCGAGUUUCCUAAUCAAUAAGACCGAAUUCGUAACGUUAAAGGAAGCACUAAGGUUAAAGGAACGACAUGUGACGCAGUCUGAUAGAAGUGAAACUAAUUCGCAGUGCCAAAAUAAAUCUGGUGUGGAACAAUUAUUUACUACAACCGUCAAACAACCUCCAGUAAAUAUUUCAGAUGAUACGAGAUACAUAGUUUCGAGUUCCAAAUGUAAAAUCCUCAAUUUGGAAACUUUUUCCCCCGAUGCUGUCAAGUAUUACAAAAAGUUAAAAUACAAAGCGUGUAGCCAGAACAAACUACUGACGUACGUUGUGAAGGAAAAUAACACGGCCACUGUGAAGAUAGAUGGGAAUGUUAUUGAUCCUGCUGUCAUCAGGUGCUGCUAUUCGAACGUCAGUAGGAAGAAAAACGAAAAAGAUCCUGACGGUUCUAUUAAAAUAACUGACUGCAAACAUUUCAAGAACAACGUUACCAUUACCAAAGAUGCUAUUUUAAUAAAAUGCCACAAAAUCCAUUCGAAAGAAAAAAUAUACGAAAACGUCCAUGCCUCCGUGCUGAUCCGCGAUGACGUCCAGAGAAAAAUAAACGAUUUCAACGGGACAAUAAAACCUUUGAGUGUUAUUUUUAUAGGUAUAGACAGCAUUUCCAGACUGAAUUUCGAGAGGAGUAUGCCAGAAACUUACAAAUACGUGGAAGACAAUAAUUGGAUUUCCUUGAAGGGCUAUAAUAAAAUGGAUGACAAUACUUUUCCCAAUCUCAUGGCGAUAUUAACAGGAUUUAACCAAACCACAGCUUACAAAAUCUGUAACCCGAGAUCUAUCGGCUAUCUAGAUAAAUGUCCCAUGCUGUGGUACGAUUACAGAAAUUUUGGCUAUGUCACAGGAUACGCUGAAGAUGAAGCUUCGAUAAGCACUUUCAACUACAAGAAAAAAGGUUUUGUGCAACCUCCAGCUGAUUAUUAUUUCCGGCCAUAUGUAAUGGCCAGCGAAAAAUUACAAAAAGUUACAAUAAACGGAAUGACGUACUGCACUGGUCCAGAAACUGCAGGAGAACGAAUUUUGAAUUUAGUUGAAGAUUUUGCAGUAACUUUCAAGCAGAAUCCCCAUUUUGGAUUCUUUUGGAUGAACAGCUUUAGUCACAAUAAUGUUAACUCUCCAUCCAUGAUGGACUCUAAAACGAAACAACUCCUAGCGAACUUAGAGGCCAACGAUGUCUACAACAACACUUUGAUCAUCUUUCUAAGCGACCACGGCAUGCGUUUUGGUGACAUCCGUCUCACCCCCACCGGCUGGCAAGAAGAACGCCUACCCUUCAUUUAUUUCUCCUUCCCCAACUGGUUUAAAGAAAAAUAUCCCGAACAAUACUUGAACUUUAAAAGCAACACCAACAAACUAACUACCCCCUACGACCUUUACAUUACUCUUCAACAUAUCUUAGUGUUAUCUGGAUUCAACUACACCAUAAAAAACAGUGAUGCUUGUCCCGAAUGUUUGUCCCUUUUUGAAAAAGUUCCUUCUGAACGGUCUUGCGAGGAAGCAGGUAUAGUAGAUCAUUGGUGCACGUGCGCAGGAUAUGUUGAAAAGAAACUGGAACCAGAAGAACAAGAAAAGCUCAAAAAGUUCUUUUUAGAAGAAAUUCAAAAGAUUAUACAGUCUAGAGAUGGGAAUGAUAAAUGUAUUCGGUAUUCGGUAGAGUCAAUCAGCACAAGGAUAUCGCAGAAAUUUUCUUACAAAACGAACAGUUAUGCUCUGGUUUACCUCAGGACGAAUCCCAAAGCGGUGUUCGAAACCACGAUUAGUUACGAAGGUGAUAUUAUGAGUAGCAAUUUAACGCUUGGUGAUAUAAGUAGGUUGGAUUUUUACAAUACUCACAGUAAAUGUGUUUCGGACGAUUAUUUGAAAAAGUACUGUUUUUGUAAGAAUUGAAUUUGAAAUAUUAAAAUAAUUAUUUAUUUUGUUCCGUAUAAUUUGUGCUCAAUCUACACUCAGAUGCAAAAAAAAACG